CCGAUAUAUGUCCAGCCGACCGACAACACUGAAUUGGCAAGAGGAGGAAGCGGAAUUCUUAAAUGAGGGCCUGCAUGCACAGACCCGAUCCGUACGUACAGAGUGGAAAAUGAAUAGAAGCGAGUACACCCUUAUUAAAAAGGCCAACAAGAUGCUAGCUAAGCCACGACGACCCCGUCCACGCGGCGGCUCCAACGCCGGCCGGGGCCGGAGGAGAUCCACCGAUGCUGACAAGAAACACGCACCCCCCAACCCCGACGCUCCCAUGGACAACAGUCGUGUGCUUGCUACCGGUGGAGUGGGAAAGAGGAAGAAGGCCAAGAAGAAUAGCCAACCCCAACCCUCUACUGUUGCUCCGCAGGGUGUCGAGCAGCCUCAGCCUGUCCAAGAGGUCCACCCUAUCCAGCAGGUUCCUCUUCAUCAGGGUCAUUAUGAGGACAUGUUGAUCGACGGCCGGUUCGGGUCAGAUCAGCCGCACCAUUUUUCUGGGCACUUUCAGGCUGCUCAGGAUGUGACCAUGGAGGCCGGUCAGGCUAAUCCUGCCAACGUUGUGGGAUGGAUCGAACGGAUUUCCCUGGAGGAUCCGGUUCACGAGAUCUUGGAAAAGGUCGGCUCUUUGGCAAGCCAGAUCUGGUCCACUUCUGCCUACUUCAAUAAUUUUUCGCACCCCAAACUCUCGAUCGAUCGGGCAGAGGAAUGUGUUGCCCUAACGGCCUUGAAGGUACCUUUCUUCCUUCUCCUCCUGUUCUUUUAUUACGUAAUUCCUUUAUAUUUUUUCUGGAUUUCUGUAGAUGGGGUUGUAUAACCUGCAACUGCGGGAUGCCCGUUUGGCCAAGGAACGGGAGUUGAUUAUUACCCAAACCUCUGCACAGCAGGCUGCUGCUGCUGCCACUGCUGCUGCUGAGGCUGAAUGGAAGGUCUUUGCAGAUGUAAAGCAGAGGUUAGAGGAUGAGUUGGGUGGACUUCUGGUUCAGCUCGCCGCUUCCUAGGCCAAGGUCUUCGCAGCUGAGGCCGCUCAGGUCAGGUUUGAGGAGGCGGCCUCCCGUAUCCCGGAUGGUCCUUAUGAAGUGAACAUGGACCUGUCUACCGUCCGGGAAGUGUUCAAAUCUUCUGCUGAGUUUGGAUCCAUCAAGGAAGAGUAUGCCACGCAACAACUCCCAGCUACCUUUGGGGCUUAUCUUGAGAAGUUCCCCAAGGGUGUUGAACGGGGUAAGGCGGGAUUGAAACUUCUUGACCAGGAUCCUCGGGGCAAGCGUUGGAACAAUUCCCUGGCCGCUGAUCUCUACGUCAUGGGCUGCCAACACAUCUUACGAC